AUGACCACCACGACCGCUGAAGGAUUCGCGACUGGGUUGCUGGUGUUCAUCGGGCCGGCGCAGGUGCCGGCGCUAACGGAACUCUACUACGCCCGUGUCGAUUCCGUGGGUGAGACGACGGCCCGCCUCUCCUUGGUCGACCCGGACGGAGCUGACGAGGAAUUCGCAGAAGAAGUAAGCCUCGACGUGCUACGGCGCCGGGCGGUUAGUCAAGAAGAGAGUGAGCUAUGGCCAGGAUCCUACGUCGGACACCCGAUCGCGUUCAUCCAACCCGAUGGCCCAACCAUGGACCAGUGGGCGUUCGGGUUGGUGACGGGGUACCGUAUGGCCGAUACGGUGCCUUGGCUGCACAUUCGACACGAGAAUGGAGUCUGCAAUGUAGUGGGCCUACCUUGGCUCACUACUACGGCUUACACGUAUGCGCACGUGUAUGAGGAAGCGUAG